GCCGUGUGGAACAAAUUAUACGAACGCUGCCGUGGUCCAACACUGCCUCAAACUGACCACUCUGUCCAACUGUGUCUUGAACUUGAACUAGUCUUGGACCGCCAGUUGCACACAAUUAGGAUGCAUGGGUUAUACGAAGACCAUACUUUAGUCUUCAUGGUCGGUUGUUUCAGCUUCCAAUUCCAAUAUUAUCCCAACAUCAAGUUUCUAAGCUCCGCUAGAAUUUAGUCAUUGAGACUAGAGGGAAACGGGCCGGUGUACUGCGUCUCAUCAUUAUCAACUAAUUUUAAUAAAUAACUGACCCGAGGCACAUAUAUAUCGUCAGUUUACAAGGAAAAUGUGUGACAGGAGCAGUCAGUUGAGUGAGUUGGUCCUUGCUAUCCGCGAAGGGAAUUUAAACAGAGUUAGUGAUUUAAUUAGUAAUAAUAAUAAUUUCCUACGGGAGGGAGAAAGCAGUGCAGGGUAUUCUUUACUAUGUGACGCUAUCAAAGAGAAGCACAGUGAAAUUGCCAAACUGCUUAUAAACGAAGGUGUGAACGUUAACUGCUUUCGACAGUCUCAAUUGCUUAUGAGUACGCCGCUCCACAUUGCUGUGCAGAAUUGUGACGUAGAACUUGUUACAAUGCUUAUUAAGAGAAGCGCUGACUUGAAUGCCAAAGACGAAAAUGAGCGCACGGCACUGCAUCUAGCCGUUGAAAAUAACUGCACAGAUAUCGUACAAAUCCUCAUACAAAAUGGUGCUGAUGUCAGGUCUAAAGGUAAAAGACGCGUGACGGCGCUUCAUAUAGCUGCAGUAAAAGGAUCAGAAGAAAUUUGCAACUUGCUACUUAAAGCAGGAGCUGACGUAAAUGCCACAGACAAGAGUAGAAUAACAGCGCUGUAUGAAGCCGCUACAGAGGGACACGAAGCUAUUGUACGAACUCUCUUAGAACAUGGUGCCGAUGUCAGAUUGACAACUUCCACGGGCGUGACACCGCUUCAUGCUGCCAUGUGUAGAGGAGUAGAAGAAAUUUUUAGGAUGCUACUCACAACAGAAGUCGACGUGAAUGCUCAAGACAGAAGAGGAGUCACAGCGCUGUAUCUAGCCUAUCAGCAAGGACACGGAAAUAUCGUACGAACCCUCAUAAGAAAUGAUGCUGAUGUCAACUUGAAAACUGCAACUGGCGUGACAGUACUUCAUUUUGCUGCGCAUGAAGGAACAGAAGAAAUUUUCAGGUUGCUAUUAAAAAAAGGAGCUGACGUAGAUGCCAGAAUGAGAAGUGGAUUCACGGCGCUGCAUUUAGCCGUUCACAACAAGCACUAUCCUAUCAUACAUCUCCUUUUAAAAAAUCAUGCCAAUAUCAAUUUGACAAGUGAAUGUGGCGAGACAGUGCUUCAUAUUGCUGCACAAGAAGGACCUGAAGAAAUUUGCAGGUUGUUACUGAAAAAAGGAGUUGAUGUGAAUGCCAAAAUGUCCGGUGGAUUCACGGCGCUGCAUCUAGCCAUCGAAAAUAAGCACAAUGAUAUCAUACAAAUCCUCUUAAAGAAUGAUGCCGAUUUCAAGUCGGAAGCUGAAAGUGGCAUGACACCGCUUCACUUGGCUGCGAUAAAAGGAACAGAAGAAAUUUGCAUGUUGCUACUCAACGUAGGAGCUGAUGUAAAUGCCAGAAACAAAAUUCAAAGAACGGCGCUGUAUGAAGCCAUUAUGAACGGACACGAAGCUGUCGUACGAAUCCUCAUAGAAUAUGGUGCCACUGUCAACAUGAAAAGUGAUAAUGGACUAACACCGCUUCAUUUGGCUGCGCGACAAGGAAAAGAAAAAAUUUGCAAGAUACUAAUCACAAAAAAAGCUGACGUGCAUGCCAAAGACGAUAGUGGAUCCACAGCGCUGCAUCUGGCCGCUCAACGUGGUCUCGUACAUAUUAUGGAAAUUUUCUUGAAUUCGGGCGUCGACAUCAAUUCUAUAAAUGUGUGUGGUGAUACUGCACUUCAUCUCGCAUCCGACGCCGGUCUAGACGAAGCCGUUCUGACUCUCAUAGAGAACGGUUCUGAUGUCAACAUUGUUAACAAACACCAUGAUACAGCGUUCCACGUUAAUUAUUCUAAGUAUAGGCCUAAGAAGCUCUACGAAUUUACCAUUAUCCAACAGAAUCUACUUAAAAUGCAAAUUGCUAGUUUUGACGAGAAUAACGGAAAUGUAGAGAAUCUUAAUAUCACUACGGAUAUAAACGGGCAGUCUCUAUUUGAGAAGAAAUGUAAGGAAGAGAUAAAGAGAAUGAAAAGUGCAAAAAUUAACAAUACUAUCCUUUCAUUUCAUGAUAUCCUAACAAAACGGAUAGAUCAAAUAGCAUUAUACGCGAGAAAUGAAGACGUUGUUCAGGUUUUGAAACAGGGCAAUUAUCAGAGAGAAUUUCCUAUGUAUGAAGACAUGAUAAAACGCCGUUUCAACAGGGGUAUGAUACGAAAGGAGUUGUUAGACGGCGGCGUUACAUUUUUCCGCGGUUACCUCAAUAGAUAUUAUGACUCAUUUUGUAUUCAAGAAAUAUUAAACUACCUCAGUAACGCGGACCUAACGAAUUUGAAAGAUGCUUGUAGAAAAGUACAUUAUACUAUUACGGAUACAAUAAUACAUAAAAUACUGUAAUAUUUACGACUUACUAUUUUUAUAUUUGUUCAUUAAUGUUUUAAAACGCAUAAGUAGUCAUUUUGUGUUUUAUGUAUUUCUAUCUAUCUAAGAUAUUUUCUAUUUUUCCUUUUCAUCAGCUGUUCUUCGUUUCACGCAGUUUUCCGUCGUACCAAUUAUUUCUACUGAUUGAGAAUAUUCUGUUUUAUCAACUGUCUUUUUUUCAUCUUCUAACGUAUCUCCUUGUCAUCUUGCCUGUAAUGAUGUUCUUAGUGCACUUGUCUUUGGAAUUAUGUCUCACGCGUAUCGCUUGAUUCUUCGAAAAUAUUGAUUGCAUCAAUUUCAAAUGCUUUCGAAUCAGAUUGGGCAGUCUAGCGAAGGUAUAAAUAAUUCCAAGUUAUAUUACCACAUACGAAGUUACUAAAUUCAAUGAGGGAAAGCACAGCGAAAUAUCUAAAAACAAAUGAUCGAUUCAAUUUUCGUACUCGGGAUUAUAUGUAAUAUGUACAUUCAAUUGAUUAUUUAAAAAUUUUGCAAUGUGCACACUUAAGCGCGGUAACUCGUUCAGUGACAUUACUCCAGCGGAGUAGACUGCCGUAAGGCAAGACUUAAUAAAAAUUGUUACAACAACGAAAUAACUAUGAAUUUCAGUUACGAAUAUAGAAAAAAUUGUACAUAGCAAACAUUUUUUGUUCAUAAGAAAACAUAUCUUUUAAAAAUAUCAAAGAGAUUCAAGAAGAAUUGUUACUUUAUAUUUGCGCAAUAUGCUAUUAUUACUAUCUAUAUAUUAAGAUUGUCAUCCCAUUUUUUCAUAUGCCAUCUUCGUCAUUUACAGCGUUCUUAUGUUUAAUUGUACAUACAAUAUUAAUAGCAAUCACCAGCAAUCGAAAGUUAACAAUAAAUAUGUGUGUUGCAAAAUAAUUUUACAUCACAUUUCUCUCAAA